AUGGCGAGCAAGACCGACAAGACCGACAAGAUCGACAAGAUCAUUGCGCGCCUCCAGCAGCGCAUCGCCGAGGGCCAAUUCUACGAGGCACAACAGCAGACCCGUGUCGUGGCUGCCAGGUACAUCAAGGCGUCAAGCUGGGGCCCCGCGACCGACAUCCUCUUCAAUGUUGCCCAGUCGCUCCUCAAGGCCGGCCAGGGAGGCAGUGGUGGCGAUCUGGCUACUCUGCUGGUUGACGUCUACAAGCAGGCCGAGCUUAAACCGGACUCGGCCAACAAGGGAAAGCUUUUGACGCUGUUGAGGUUGUUUGGCCCUGGGGAGCCUACGAAAAAGAAAUUCGUCAACGAGAUGAUUGGAUGGUCAUCCAAGUUCGGAGAGUACCCCGCGGGCGACCCGGAACUGCACCACGUGGCGGGCUCACAAUUCGCCGAAGAGCACGAGACCGCCGAGGCGGAAAGGCACCUAAUCCUCGGUACCAAGGAUUCGGCCGAGGUGCUUGCACGCAUGGAAUACUCGUGGUACAAGGAGGACGACUCGCACACGGCACCCCUCUACGCCGCGCGCGCCGUCCUCCCCUACCUCCUCGUCGGCAACGUCCGCGCCGCCAACGCCUGCUACCGGUCGUUCACCAGCGCCCUGAGCGCCGACAACCAGGGCAUGGGCGUUCAGGACGUCAGCACCAACAGCGCGGACCUGCGCGUCUUCCCUAGCCUGCCUCUGCUCAACUUCCUCGGUCUGCUGCUGCUGGCCAUCCAGAAGGGCAACCCGGACGCCUUCAGGAAGCUUACGAUGAAGUACGGCCCGCAGAUAGCAGAGUCGGCUCCGGCCUGGCAGGAGAGCCUGGAGAGCAUCGCUGAGAUGUACUUUGGUAUCGCCAGGCCUAGGCAGAGCAACCCGCUGAUGGAUAUGAUGGGAAGCCUUUUCGGAGGUGCUGGCGGUGGUGGUGGUGGUGCCGCAUCAAGGAAGCCGCCCACGAGGAGGGUGGAGGCACCGGCUGCAGAGGGAUUAGACUAG